AUGUCUGAAAAUAACAAUUUCGAUGAUGAAAUCAUUGACGUCUCGAGUGAUCCAGUUCCCAGUACCUCGAUGUCAAUAAACGAAGAACCUCUUUAUUACCCGGUUAAUGAAAAAAUAAAAACUGGCUUCGGUAGAAUGAUCAGGUCAAGUCUGCCGAACAUUGGCAAUCAUUUGAAACGUCUAAUGAGAUUUAAAAGCCAGCGAGAAGUAAAUAGCACCGCGGAUAAUGAGAGGUCCGAAGUAGUCGAAGUAAUGGAAAUCGAAGAUCAAGAUGAAGACGAAGACGAACAUCUGAAUGUAGGCGUAGGUACAGAACCUGAACCUGCAAUUUAUAAUCAAACAGUAGCCAUUGAUUUAAAUGAUUCGUUCCAAUCUUCAAACUUGGCUUCCGGUUUUACGAUCGACCAUCAUCCAUCACUGUCUAUUUUUCUGGACAACAAUCAAGUCAGCUCAAGCUCCUCUGCUCAGAUGGAAAUUUCAAUUAGGCCCUCUAAUUUAUUUCAAUAUUAUUCUAAUCCUUUACCAUUGGCCUCAUCAUCUCCUUUUACAAAUGAUUUACCAGCAGAGAGUGACUUGACAAUAUCAACACUGUAUUAUCCAAAUGAAGAUAACCCAUUAAUGAUAUCACAGAGUAUAAAUACCAGCUCCCAUGUCGUGUACGAUAUGACAUUAGCAAACAUAAUUAAUGAGGAAGGUGCAAUUGUCGCGAGAAAUCCUCUAGAGUUCGCAGCAACCUUGGACAUUUCUGCUGGAGAUGAAAGUAGUCAUAGAAUAGCUCAUGAACCACGAAGAGUUCCUUUAAUUGUUUCUAAUAAUAAUAAUCAUGUUUCUUCUUUAAAUGUCGAUGUUCAUGUACACUAA